CGACCGGGCCAUGUCGAAUUCUCUUUCCUUCGUACGAUAGUCAAUGUUAAAAAAGAAAUAUACAAUGAGCUGCAUUACAAAGGGUUGCGUGGCUUAUCUGGACAGGCGGCUCAUCGUGUUUUUUCUGGUUUUCCUUCAAAACUGCGUGACGUCGUCGGUUCCGGCAGUUCCACAGGUUGAAUCUAUUACUGGCUCUACAACAGAUGUGGAUAGAUGGAAUGAAGCAUGUGGACGAUCCAUCGUGGCAGAGGAAGGGAUUGUGACGUCACUGGGAUAUCCGAAAAACUACACCAAUAAUCUCUCGUGUCACUGGAAGAUAACGGCUCCAUAUGGUUCCCAGAUAAGUAUAUCUGUUAAAGAUGUAGAUCUUCCUAAUACUGGCCAUGGUUACUGUAGUGUGUUUAGUGAUCAUAUGAAUAUCACGGAGGAAACCAUCACAGGUCCCCUUCUUUGUACACUGUGCAAUGAACAUGGGUUGCAGCACAUCACAUCAAGCUCUAACGUGAUAAUAAUAUCUCAGUAUUCGGACAGUUACACUACGGGAAGGGGUUUUUCUAUUGAAUUCAUUUCCAUGCCUGCAAACAUUCAAAGACGUAAUAAUGGGAAUCUUGUACAUCCGAAGAAUCUGUUCCCACUGUUACCAGGAAUUGCCGCCAUGUCUGUAGGUGAUAUGGAAUUAAAACAUAGAAAUGAAGAAUUUUCGAGCACAACAUCGUUCAGAAGAAAAUUGUUGGCUACAGCUUUCGACAUAUCAAAGUUAAAUGACGAAAUACACGAGAGUAGCACAAAGGGUCCGUUGGAGCAUCAAUUGAACAAUGAUUGUCGGCAUUUACUAGGGAAACCGUCUGAAAUUGUCACAUCACCCAAAUACCCAUCCCCAUACCCAUCUGAUUCUUUUUGUGAAUGGACGAUUCAAGCAUGUGAAACUUGUUUCAUAUCCAUGAAUUUCAUAUUCAUUGACAUGCCGCUACCAUCAAGUGAUGGAUUGUGCGAUUAUCAACAGGACCAUAUUUUACUUAACGCUUCUGUGAAUGGCACUUUAGUUGUACAAGGUUAUAGAUUGUGUGGCUUCCAGACUGGGGUGAAAUUUACACUGCCAGUGAACAACAUCUAUUUACAGUUUAUAAGCUUUCAAAAUGUUGAUUUCUUCCUUGGUUUUGAGAUGCAUUUUGAGACUGUUCUAUCCAGAUUUGGUACACAUGAUCUGUCAACUGUCGCCUCCCUUCCUAUCACUGCUAUUGAUACUGAACAAUCAGAUACUAUAGUGCCAACAGAGAACAUUGUGAGUGACAAUGUUGAAUGUGGUGGCAUAUUUGAAAACAAAUCUGAUUUCAUAACUUCACCUUUAUACCCAUUAAGAUAUCCAGACCACCUAUCAUGCAAGUGGGAAAUAACAGCAUGUACGAACUGUUACAUUCUGGUUAAUUUUUUGCACAUCAAUCUUCCGCCAGUUAAUGAAGACAAUCCAUGUCUUGACCAGAGAGAUCAUCUUGUUGUACUUAAUUAUUGGCAAGGUCAUUCACUUGGGGAAAAAAUAUUAUGUGGAGCAGAUUUACCAAGCCCGAUUACAUCAGGUUCAUUGAUAUUGAUAUUUAACACUUUUAAUAAUAAGCUAUACACUGGCUUCAAACUUUAUUAUCGCAUGUAUAAAUUCAACAGCACUUCUGACCAAGCAAGUACAUUAGCCCCAACCCCAACCCCAACAACCCUACCACAAUUACAAACUUUUUUAAACACUUUGAACCAGCACCCAACUACUGAGAAAGCACAACACAUUGAGACAUCUACACCAUCAAGCAUUUCAACCUCUGAUCAGGUUAAUGUACUAUCUACUUCCGAUGUGAUCCAAUUCAACCCUACUUUGAAUCUUAAAAUUCUAGAUGAGACUGAACUGCAUAUACAAUCCACAGAGACGCCAACGCCAACGCCAACCCGUCAGAUUAUAACUUAUCCAAUAGACCAUGUUCGUGGUACAUCAUCUGAACAAUCAUGCUCUGAGAAAAUAUAUGCUGAAAAAGGAAUUGUGCAGACGCCCAACUUUCCAGACUACUAUCCUGAACAUACUGCAUGCGUGUGGGAGAUAACAGUUCCUUCAAACAAACCUAUAUUUUUACAAUUUUUGUAUAUGGAUAUUGAUAAUGAACAAAUUAACGGAACUUGUAGCAAUAUGUAUGAUCAUGUGGCAGUCAUUACAGAUUUUGAUACAGGCAAUGCAGUCACUUCACUAUUCUGUGGACACAAUCCGCCACCAAAAAUAGUUACCACAACAAGUAAAUUACGCGUUGAAUUUAAAAGUAAAUAUGGUAUUGGAAAUGGGUUUCAAGCUUUUUUUAAAGCACUAGCGAUUGUUACCGAUGAAGACAAGCUUGAACAGCAUUGUAAUGUGAACAAAUAUGGUCCAUCAGGGGUAAUACAUUCCUUGAAUUUCCCAGGGUACUAUCCACCCAAUACACUGUGCUCAUGGCGCAUAACUGUUGCAGAUAACAAAAUCAUAAACCUGCAAUUCUUGUAUUUUGAUAUUGAUUCCAAAACGGUUGAUGGCAGAUGUUCUGAGGCAUAUGAUCACGUGAAAAUAGUAGAAUAUGAUGUCAAUGGAAAUGUAAUUAAAUCAAUGUUGUUUUGUAGAUUUGAUAUUCCAAGUGUAGUUGAAACAUCCACAAGGCGAAUUGAAAUUACGUUUCAAAGUAUGUAUGGAUUUAGUACUGGAUUUGAUGCAAUAUACAAUGAGAUAGAUCAACCUGGGACGACCAUGGACAUUAAUCUUCCAACAACUGAGAUUACUGGUAUUAUUACUAAUUUACAAGAAACAUCUUCAGUGAAUAAUGCACAAACAGUUGAUAUUCCACAACAAAAAGAUGAAUGUCUUUAUGAUAUAACUGCCGAACAUGGAUUAAUCGAGUCACCAAACUUUCCAACAGUGUAUCCUGAACAAACUACAUGUAUUUGGAAAAUAACAGUUCCAGUAGGAAAAAUUGUGGUGUUGCAAUUUAUGUACAUGGACCUAGAUUCUCAAUAUUUCAAUGCAACUUGUAAUCAUCUAUAUGACCAUAUUGCAAUUAUAACAGGUAUUGGUACGAAAGAUCAAUCUACUAUGCUGUUUUGCGGGGGUGACCUUCCACAGGAUAUUGACACUUUCACAAAUAAAUUGCAAAUAGAAUUCCGAAGUAUGUAUGGUUCUGGUACAGGGUUUCAAGCAUUCUUCAAAUCAUUUGAAGUGAAUCAAGUUAAUGAGUCUUGCGAAUUUAACACCUCUGGACCAUUAGGCGUGUUUCAUUCCUUGAAUUUUCCAAGCUACUACCCACCUAAUCAAUUGUGCACAUGGCACAUUAUUGUUGAAGCAGGUAAAGUCAUCAAAUUGCAAUUCUUGUAUUUUGAUAUUGAUUCUACAAUGAAUAUUGGUCCUGAAUGCUCUGAACAGUAUGAUCAUAUGAAGAUCAAGGAGUACAGUACACAUGGAGAUGCUGAAGAAGUGAUUAUUCUUUGUGGAAGUGAAGUGCCAGAUAUCAUUAAAACUGCUACUAAUACAAUUGAUGUUGUAUUACAAAGUAGGUAUGGAUUUAGUACUGGAUUUGAUGUUCUUUAUGAAGAAAUCGAACAAGACUCAACAGAUCAUGUGAUUAGGGAAAAGUUGUUGAUUAAUGAUACUGAAAUUGACAAGAAUAAUCCCUGUCAAUUUGAUAUCACAUCAGAGUAUGGAGUGAUACAGUCGCCAAACUUUCCAAGUACUUACCCUCUACAUACAACCUGCAUUUGGAAGAUCACUGCACAGAUUGGAAUGAAAAUAUCAUUACAAAUAUUGUACAUGGAUCUUGAUCAACAUUUCAAUGGAACUUGUCGUGAGGAAUAUGAUCAUAUUGUUGUGAAAACAGAUGUUGAUACUGAAGAUGCAGUUACCACAUUGUAUUGCGGGAGUGAACUACCUUCAGAAAUAAUUACAAAAUUUAGAACUUUACAAGUCGAAUUUCGAAGCAAAUAUGGUAAUGGUACUGGAUUUCAUGCUAUAUUUAAAUCUGUAGAUGAGAAAGCUGCUGCAGAAUAUGUGUCUGAUUACAUGACUGAUAGCCCGGAACGAGCUAAUAUUCAACCAGAUGAUGAAAUGUGCAGUUUCAUCAUCGCUGGAUCAUCUGGAGUAAUCCAGUCAUUAAAUUUUCCAAGCUACUACCCUGCUCAUCAACUGUGUUUUUGGCAUAUUAUUGUAGGGGAAGGUAAAUUUAUUCGGUUAGAAUUUUUAUAUUUUGAUAUUGACUCUCAUACCGAUGGUGAAGAAUGUUCAGAACUUUAUGACAAUGUUAAGAUCGUAGAAUAUCACACAGAUGGGAGAGUUGGCAAAACUCUGACUUUGUGUAAAUUUGUUCCAGAUGUCAUAAUAGUUGGAUCAAAUGAAAUGCGCAUUUUGUUUCAAAGUAAAUAUGGAUUUAGUACUGGUUUUGAUGCAAUUUAUAAUGAAAUAGAUGCAGAUCAUGGUCGUGAUUGGCCUGGUCUUGGUGAUAUUUCUGAAGAGGUGUCGUCACCAACAACCCAGUCCUUGACACGUGACUGUAACUUUGAUAUUUCAUAUGACCAUGGAUUAAUACAAUCACCUCAAUUUCCAAAUCAGUACCCACAUCACACAACAUGUACUUGGGAAGUAACUGUUCCUUUGAAGAAAAUAAUUCAUUUGAAAUUUCUUGCCAUGGACCUGGAUUUUGUCCCAAUCAAUGAAACUUGUAAUAUUUUAUAUGAUCAUGUUACUAUUGUAACACAGCCUGGUACUGAGAAUGCCGAGUCUUUGGUAUUUUGUGGAAGGGUUUUGCCACCCGAGUUAAUUACCACUACAAAUAGAUUACAGAUACUUUUUCAAAGUAUGUCUGGACAAGGCACUGGAUUUCAAGUUUCAUUCGAAUCUCUGGAGCCAGAUUAUAUUACAUUGCCAGAGGAAACUACAAGCAAUACGCCAAUUUCUACAUCCAUAUCGCCUCCCUGUAAAUUCACCAAAACUGGACCUGCAGGCAUGUUGUAUUUUCCGAGCUACCAUCCACCAAAUACAUUAUGUUCCUGGCACAUUGUUGUUGAAGAUAACAAAGUAAUUGAACUACAGUUUCUGUACUUUGAUAUUGAUUCCAGGAUGGCAAUGGGAAAUUGUUCUCUUUCAUAUGAUUAUUUGCAAAUUGUAGAAUACAGCUCCAAAAGUGGAAAUGUUGUGAAGUCAACCUUGGUGUGUAGUCCAGGAAUUCCUGAUACAAUUAUAACUACAACAAACAGUAUUGAUGUUAUUUUUCAUAGUAACUAUGGAUUCAGUACUGGAUUUAAAAUUCAUUAUAAAGAAAUUAUCCCACUAUAUGAGCGGGUUCAUGGUCACAAUGUAGCAACUACCCGUGCUCCACCUGAACAAAUUACACAACAUACUGACAGUGAUUGCUUUCACGUAUUAACAUCAGAUCAUGGCGUGAUACAGUCGCCCAAUUUUCCAAGUGAAUAUCCUCAACAGACUACAUGCAUUUGGCAAAUUACUGCCUCUGUUGGAAAAACAAUAUCUAUAACAUUUUUGUACAUGGACCUUGAUUUUCAGCAUAUCAAUGGAAGUUGUAGUGAUGUAUAUGACCAUAUUAAGGUGAUCACAGAUGUUGAUACUGAAGAUGAACUCUCUUCCUUGCAUUGUGGAGACAAGCUUCCAUCGCCAAUACUCACCACUACAAACAAGUUACAAGUGGAAUUCCAAAGUAAAUAUGGCUAUGGCACUGGAUUUCAAGCUUUGUUUAAAACCCGUGAUCUAGUACCACCUGGAGAUGUUCUAGAACCUUGCGACUAUAACCUCUCUGGUCCAUCAGGAACAUUGCAUUCUUUGAACUUUCCGAGCUAUUACCCACCUUAUAAAAUGUGUUCUUGGACUAUUAUUGUUGGAGAAGGGAAGGUCAUAAAAUUAGAAUUUCUUCAUUUUGAUAUGGAUUCCCGAAUGAUUGGAACAAAUUGCUCUCGCUCAUAUGACCAUUUAAAUAUUGUUGAAUACAGUGAGAAUGGAAAAAUUGUUAAAACUUCAACGCUGUGUGGAGUAGACAUCCCUGACAAAAUUGAAACUGUCUCAAAUGCUAUUGAUCUUGUAUUUAAAAGUAAUUAUGGGCAUGGUACCGGAUUUGCUGCUAUAUAUAAAGAAAUGCCACCACAAUUCGACAGGCAUGUUCCUGGUGAUAUUGUUACCACUGAUGGCGCUAUAGUAACACGAACUGUAGACAAAACAUCAACAGAUACCUUUUCGGAAUCCUCUACAACAUCAACAGAAAAACAUGAACAUACUGCACAUACUUCAGAGCUUCCAGGAAUCGAAUGCAAUUAUGACAUAACUAAUGACUAUGGUUUAAUGCAAUCUCCAAAAUUUCCGAAUCAAUAUCCUCUUCAUUCUACUUGCAUUUGGAGAAUUACUACUUCCAUUGGAAAUACAAUUUUGUUACAAUUUCUGUACAUGGAUCUUGAUUUUCAGCAUUUCAAUGGAACUUGUAGUGAUGUAUAUGACCAUAUUAAGGUGAUCACAGAUGUUGAUACUGAAGAUGAACUCUCUUCCUUGCAUUGUGGAGACAAGCUUCCAUCGCCAAUACUCACCACUACAAACAAGUUACAAGUGGAAUUCCAAAGUAAAUAUGGCUAUGGCACUGGAUUUCAAGCUUUGUUUAAAACUCGUGAUCUAGCACCACCUGGAGAUGUUCUAGAACCUUGUGACUAUAAGCUCUCUGGUCCAUCGGGAAUAUUGCAUUCUUUGAACUUUCCGAGCUAUUACCCACCUCAUAAAAUAUGUUCUUGGAAUAUUAUUGUUAGAGAAGAGAAGGUCAUACAAUUAAAAUUCCUUUAUUUUGAUAUGGAUUCUCGGAUGAUUGGAACAAAUUGCUCUCGCUCAUAUGACCAUUUAAAUAUUGUUGAAUACAGUGAGAAUGGAAAAAUUGUUAAAACUUCAACGCUGUGUGGAGUAGACAUCCCUGACAAAAUUGCAACUGUCUCAAAUGCUAUUGAUAUUGUAUUUAAAAGUAAUUAUGGGCAUGGUACCGGAUUUGCUGCUAUAUAUAAAGAAAUGCCACCACAAUUCGACAGGCAUCUUCCUGGUGAUAUUGUUACCACUGCUGGCGCUAUAGUAACACUAACUGUAGACAAAACAUCAACAGAUACCUUUUCGGAAUCCUCUACAACAUCAACAGAAAAACAUGAACAUCCUGCAUAUACUUCAGAGCUUCCAAGAAUCGAAUGCAAUUAUGACAUAACUAAUGACUAUGGUUUAAUACAAUCUCCAAAAUUUCCGAAUCAAUAUCCUUUUCAUUCAACUUGCAUUUGGAGAAUUACUACUUCCAUUGGAAAUACAAUUUUGUUACAAUUUCUGUACAUGGAUCUUGAUUUUCAACUUUUCAAUGGAACUUGUAGUGAUGUAUAUGACCAUAUUAAGGUGAUCACAGAUGUUGAUACUGAAGAUGAACUCUCUUCCUUGCAUUGUGGGAACCAGCUUCCGCUUUCAAUAUUCACCACUACGAACAAGUUGCAAGUGGAAUUCCAAAGUAAAUAUGGCUAUGGCACUGGAUUUCAAGCUUUAUAUAAAACCCGUGAUAUAGCACCACUUGGUGAAGAUUUUGAACUUUGUAAUUUUACAUUGACUGGUCCUUCGGGAACGUUCUAUUCUCCAAAUUUUCCGAACUACUACCCUCCUAAUAAACAUUGUUCUUGGCACAUAACUGUUGGUGGUGGUAGAAGAAUUCGGUUGCAGUUCUUGUACUUUGGCGUUGAUUCAAGUGCAAAUGGAAAUGAAUGCUCAGAAAACUAUGAUCAUGUACUGAUUCUCGAAUACAAAUCCAAUGGAAACAUAAAAUCUAGGAAACUUUGUGGAUAUGGAAUUCCGAAUGUUAUUACAACUUCUACCAAUGAAAUUGAUGUAAUAUUUCAAAGUAAUUAUGGUCAAAGUAUUGGAUUUGAUGCUAUCUACACCGAAAUUGAAGUAGGUGCUGCAGUUUUAAUUCCCAAUAAGACCGCCGUUGAUGAACAGAAUGGCCAGAUGGGCGAGUUUAAUGAUACUACUGAAGCCAUUCAUACAACUAGCACAAUCCAAAAAGUUACCAUUCAUAGAGGCGAAGUGGGAAAGGGCGAUAUGGAUCUGGGGAAUUAUCAGAAAACCACAUUCAUAAUAGCAAUUAUAGCGGCUAUAGCCUGCUUGGCCAUGUUUAUUUUUAUUAUCGGUAUCAUGGUUUGCAAACGUCACAAACGAAGACCCAAACGUCCUCGCCAACAACCUAAGGAAAAAGACUUUGCUAUAUCAGACAACGAGAGUGAAACUGAAAGACUUCGGUAUGAUCAAUGGGUUCGUCAUUGGCCACUGGACACGCCUAGUGUUUAACUGAAAGAAUGCAAUUUACGACACCGAAUUUUAAUCAACACAGUUUAAUGUUGUGUCCUACUUGCAGCGGUUUUAAUUUGUCAUACUUAAGGCAUUUAUAAAUAAGCUAUAGAUAACUCGACGAUUUACGAAAAUAUUUGUAUACAUUAUUAUAUCAACUGUACACGUAAUACGUGCUUUCUUGACAUGUGUAAAAUAAGAAAAUACUAAAAUCACUCGACACUUGUAAUUAAUAUUUUCUGGAAUGUAUAUUCGUUUUGCCCAAAAAUGUGAAAGUUGUAUAAUACUCAAUUAAAUCGUCGAUCACAUUGAGCGUAGCUUAAACAGGUAAUAUUUGUGAAGUAUUCUAUUUAUUUUUUACAAUUUGUUAAACCACGAUUUGAGUGAUGUUAUGCUUCGUAUUUCUCAGUUUUCAAUUACCCACAUAUUGAUGUUUAGUAUGUAAACACGUAUAGUAAUAGAAUAAUCGAUUUUUCAGAGUAUAUAUUUAUAUAAAUAUCAUAAGAAUUUUCUUUUAUAUAGCAAAUUCAAUUAUUAUAUACUAAUUGUCAAAUACUUUUCCUGGUAUAUUGUUCUGUAUGCAUAUCUCGUACGUUAUACCGUGGAUGGAAAUAAAUCGAUACGUUUAAGAUAUUUACCAACACAA